GAACACCAGUAUCGCUCGGUCUAUUAUAUACAGCAACACCAGAAAGAGCCCCGUCUUCUCGAGAAAGAGAAGAGGAAGAGUGGAUAGAGCAUGGGGUCUGGUAGGAGGUUUCUCUACUACCUCCUCCUCACCCUGGCCGUCGCCCUCAUCACCUACAAUGCCAUCAUCUCAUCUACUGCUAUACUCCUCAAUCCCGGCUUCCCUGGCCGCCAGGGCGCUCCUCCCUCCCGCUCCUCCUCCGACCCAGUGGUACGGAUGCCGUUCGACCGCCGCCGGGACGAGGGGCGGCGGCCGCGGCCGUUCCACACCGCAGUGACGGCGUCGGACUCGGUCUACAACUCCUGGCAGUGCCGGGUGAUGUACUACUGGUUCAAGAAGGUCCGGGACGCCACGCCGGAAUCGGAGAUGGGCGGAUUCACCAGGAUCUUGCACUCUGGCCGGCCCGACAAGUUAGUGGACGAGAUCCCUACGUUCGUGGCCGAUCCCCUCCCUGCUGGAACGGAUCAGGGAUAUAUUGUUCUCAAUAGGCCUUGGGCAUUCGUCCAGUGGCUUCAGAAGGCUGAUAUCCAGGAAGAAUAUAUUUUAAUGGCAGAGCCUGACCAUAUUAUUGUUAAACCUGUACCAAACCUGGCUAAAGCUGGACUUGGAGCUGCUUUCCCUUUCUUCUACAUCGAACCCAAAAAGUUUGAAUCUGUUCUUCGUAAAUACUACCCAGAGGACAGAGGACCAAUCACAGAUAUUGAUCCUAUAGGAAAUUCUCCUGUAAUCAUCGAGAAGGCAUCCCUUCUGAAAAUUGCUCCGACAUGGAUGAACCUCUCUUUGGCAAUGAAGAAAAAUCCCGAGGCAGACAAAGCAUUUGGUUGGGUGCUUGAAAUGUAUGCAUAUGCUGUUGCAUCUGCUCUUAAUGGGGUGGGGAACAUCUUACAUAAGGAUUUCAUGAUUCAGCCUCCUUGGGACUUAGAAGUCGGUGAUAAAUACAUUAUCCAUUAUACCUAUGGAUGUGACUACAAUAUGAAGGGAGAGUUAACAUAUGGGAAAAUUGGAGAAUGGAGGUUUGACAAAAGAUCAUUUGGUCAAAAGCCUCCUCCCAGGAACCUUCCUUUACCACCGGAUGGAGUUCCACAAAGUGUGGUGACUCUUGUCAAGAUGGUGAAUGAGGCAAGCGCCAACAUUCCUAACUGGGAUAUCUUUUAAGACUCUUCCCAGCUUACUGUAAAGAUCUUUGUUGCUGCUAAUGUGAGGGGCCAAUACACUUUCCUGAGGAUACACGAAAAAAGGUAAACUUCAUAAAACUUGUUAACAAGGAGAUGCUUUUGGGGAGCCUGCCGACAUUUUCAGCACACGCCAACCACGGGUAUAAGGUGCAGGAUAGUGUAGGUCCAUCAGGGUUAAUCUUCAAAUAUGUGUGUUCAGGGAGUUGUAGUUGUUUUUUGUGUGUGAAUGCCUAAUUCUCUUUAGUUUGGAGAUUUCCAACCCAGCGGACUGCUGGAGAGGUUGGUGUAGGGCAUGCCAGUUGAUUUAUAUUGUAAAAGGUUCUGGAACUGAUUUAUGUAUUGCUGAAGUCAAAAUGCUACGUCUGUAUGCUGAUUUUUUGUGCUGCCGAAGACUUCUGGCAAACAUUCUCAGUGCUGUUAUCAUCUUCA